AAGGGCCACCGUAAAGGUUUGGUGUGUUAUAGCAAAUCCGAGCAAAGGUUGGGGUGUAUUUUAGACAUUUUCCCCUUAAAAAAAUAAUUUUUGAAAUAUUUCAAAUGAAAUAAUAACUUAACUCUAAUUUUGUAUUAUUUAUUUUCAAAUGAAAUUCAUAUCUAAAUGCAUAACCCCAAGUGAAUAAGAAAAGUCAGAACUUUUAACUUCAGUUCUUUUUGGAUCAAAGUUGGGAGUAAAUUAGAUUUUAACAAAGUUUGUAACAUCUUUAGAAAACCCUAGAGCCUUGAAUAUAACGAUGCUUUGUGGCCCCUCUAAGUCAUUCUAAACUGAACUCACCCUAUUGCGGCUAAGAUGAAUGGCAUCAACAACAACAAAGAGAACGCUGAUGACGACGACGACAACGAUGAUCAUGAUGAUGGAAUUCAAUUCCAUCAUGGAUCCUCUCCAUGGAUUCUUCAUAAUUGGUUCAAUGAAUCACCGUGUUAAUGACCCUAGUGAACUAGGGAAAGAUGAUCCCAAGCAUAAGGUCGAUGACGUCGUUCUAGAGACGGACUCAAUUUUAAAAGAAUCGGAACAAGGAGAUGCAAUGAAGCAACAGAGAAGUACAGAUUCAAGGACCACUUCGCCACCUGAAAACUUGGGUUUCAUAAAUGCAGCAAAAAAAGAACUAGAUCCAGAAGGCCACUUGAAAACUUGGGUUUCAAAGAAAAGACGUUGGAAACCUAAUUUUUUGAAUAAACCGGAGGAAGGAUAUGAUCAUGCUUGGUUAAGUGGAGAAAGGAGAUCAAAAGGUUGUAUUCUCUUGAAGGGUUGCGGGAAAGAUACUAAAAAGGGAGCUAUAACCAAGAAGGAAGUCUCACAACCUACAUUGGUUGCUUCAGAAGAAUUUGCUGUCUUGGAGGCAUUAGAAGAGAAACAUGAAAAAGACGACAAGAAAAAUGUACCUGCCAGAUAUCGUGAUAAAAGACGACGGUCAUCAUUUGAGGAAUCAGGAGCUGAGGUAAAUCAAACAGCAUUGGGCUCUGUCUUCUCAAUCACCAAAGAAAGCAACUUUGCCAAAACCUCUGAAGAACAAUGUAAAAGAAAGAACUCGCCAUCACAAAAAGAGACGUCGUCGAGGGCGGCAGGCGAUCCAUCGGUGAGCAUAUGGGCAGCAUAAUGUGAAAAAUGCUUCAAAUGGAGGAUGAAUUCAACACAUUAAGAGUUUGAGGGAACCAGAAGUAGAUUUAUUGAAGAACUCUUUUUUAAAAAAACUCAAUGCUUUUUGCGAAGACCCAGUUGAUAUUGAGUAUGAUUCUUCUCGAACUUGAGCCAUUGACAAGCUCAAUCAGCCUAAAACCCCUACUGAAUUUAAGAGAGAAUUGUACCGGAGGAAAGAUUACCCUAAAAUGGAUGCUUAUUAUGUCACUCCUUCAGGAAAAAGACUAAGAUCUAUUACAAAAGUAUGUACUUUUCUUCAACAAAAUUUUGAGUUUAGUGAUCUAUCAGUCUCGGAUUUUAGCGUUAAGAGCCCCAAAAUUAUGGAUGAUACUAUACCCUCUAGUAGCACUAAAUGAGUGCGUGGAUGGAGCUGAAAUCUUUGGUUUGUUUACUCGUAAAUGUGGUUUUUAGAGUCGUGAUAUGCUUAAAUGUUCAACUUAUUCACCAUGU